GCUAUUUUCGGUUUUGUGUAAAAUGCAUUCCAUUGCAUCUUUAUUUUGUAUUUUCAUUUUAUCAUGGUCAGUUUCGCUCUGCGUCAAAUAUGAACCUAACUGGGCCUCAAUCGACUCGCGCCCUCUACCUGAUUGGUAUGACGAUGCUAAAAUAGGAAUGUUUAUUAACUGGGGGGUGUACUCUGUCCCCAGCUACAGGAAUGAGUGGUUCUGGUACAAUUGGAAGGGUCCCAAACCAGACCCUGAUACUGUCACCUUUAUGGAGAAAAAUUACCCACCGACCUUUACCUAUGCUGAUUUUGCAAAGCAAUUUAAGGCUGAAUUUUAUGAUCCUUUGAAAUGGGUCAAUAUCAUAGAACAUUCGGGAGUGAAGUAUGUUGUACUGAGUACAAAACACCAUGAGGGGUUCACCAUGUAUCCUUCUAAAUACUCUUUCAACUGGAACUCUGUAGAUGUGGGACCUAACCAAGACCUCAUCAAAUACAUAUUUGCCUACUUAGCUGGCAGUGGUGUUCAUUUUGGAAUUUAUCACUCCUUGUUUGAGUGGUUUAAUCCUCUGUAUCUCCAGGACAAGGCCAACAACUACACAACUCAGAAGUUUGUCAAGGAGAAAGGUAUGGCUGAGUUGUAUGAGAUAGUGGAGAUGUAUCGCCCUGAUGUUGUCUGGUCCGAUGGUGACUGGGAGGCACUAAGUACUUAUUGGAAUGCCACACAGUUUCUGGCCUGGCUAUACAAUGAAAGCCCUGUCAAGGAUACAGUAGUUGUUAAUGAUCGCUGGGGAUCUGACUCUCGAUGUAAACAUGGAGGAUUUCUUUCCUGUGAUGACCGGUUCAACCCAGGAAAAUUACAGAAACGAAAAUGGGAAAAUUGCAUGACUUUGGACCGUUACUCAUGGGGGUUCAGAAGAGAUGCCAAAUUAGCCGAUUAUCUCUCCAUUGAGGAACUACUUGAACUUGUGCUAAAUACUAUCAGCUAUGGAGGAAAUAUUUUAAUUAAUGUUGGACCAACUCCAUAUGGCACAUUUUCACCAAUUUAUGAGGAGCGAUUCAGUCAGUUAGGGUCAUGGUUGAAGGUCAAUGGUGAAGGCAUUUAUGCUAGCAAGGCCUGGAUACACCAGAAUGACACUAUUACUCCAAAAGUGUGGUAUACUGCACCAAAAGCAGACAAAAAGGCUGCAUAUGGUUUUUUCAUGGAUUGGCCAGUAGAUAAUGAGUUAAUUCUUGGCUCUGUUAGUGGGGCUACUCUUUCAAAUGUAGCCUUGGUUGGAAGUAACAAGACUUUGACUUGGGAAAAUAAUGGCUCAGGUAUCAAGGUUACAAUUCCACCCCACAAUGUUCUGGAAAUGCCUUGUUUGUGGGCCUGGUCUCUUAAGUUCUCAUUCAAAUAAUCUUUCAUUAUGUACAUGUAUAGGUGCAAGAUCAGUAGGUUACUGUAUUUGGAAUCAGUGAUUACAAUGGUUGUCCAUUUGUCACAAAUUUCAACAUUCAAUCAAAACCUCAGAAAAUGUUAUCACUGAAGUGCCUAAUACUUUUCCUCUUUAAAGUAUAAUUACAAUCCCUUGCCUCUUUUUAAGUGGAAAACCCCAAAUUUGCAUGCCUCUUUGAAAGGCACAAAAAUUAUCUGGUAGAUGUACGUAAACACUGAGAUAUUUUUAUUGUAUCUUUUUUCUGUUUUGUGACAAAAAUCAUAACAAUGCUAUUUUGAUCAUCAAUCACAAAAGUGUACCAUUAAUUGUAUUUUAUCCUUCACAGAAACUGUACAAAUUUAUGCACUAUUAAGAGUUUAACAUAAUUCUAUGUGAAUUGAUUAAUACUGUAUUCAAACUUUUACUAGUACAUGUAUUGUAAAACCUGCUUAUAAGGAAAGUAUUUGGAAACCUCAUUUUUUAAUUCCUUACAUUUGAACUUUCUUAUAUCCAUGUGAAAAAAUGUUAAAACAACGUUGGACUUGAAUGAGUUUUAACUUCCAUUAAAACUACAAUUUCUUUACAACAGAGUUCUUUAUAUACAAGUUUUUUCUGUAUUUAUAUGGAAAAAACAAUGUGUGAAAGAGAAGCACUGAAAGUAAUGUUAGACUUUUGAAAAAAUGUUUAGAUUUGUCAUAUAGUUGCCCAAGUAUUCUUUGACUUUUUAGCUCACCUGAGACAAAGGAUUAAUUACUCUUCAUGACCCACUGGGGUCACAAUAGGAACGCCUAUUGUACAAAUUUAAUAUGUAGAUUUCCAUAAAAUUUCUUUUCCAGAGCACAAAGUCUGUACUUUGAUGUCAAAUACUAUACAAACAUUAUAACUUUUGUUUUUGUUAUACCUUUAAAAAUUGUUUCUUAUAGAAAUCUAUACUAUAAAAAAAAAAUCCAAAAAAUUGAAUGUUUUACUGAGUGGUCCAAAAAAAAAAUUGAUGUUAGACCACUGUCUGAGAUAUUGGACCUGUCCAUGAGAUCAUUAUGUCUUAUUUGCAUUCAUUGGCAUUUGAUAGCUACAGAAUUGACAGUGUUAAAUUCUCAGGUGAGCGAUGUGGCCCCUGGGUCUCUUGUUUUACAAUGGAAUUAAAGACUGGAACUCUCUACCUGAUCAGAUAAAAUCUAUUUCCAAUAAAGCAUCAUUUAAAAAAGAGGUCAAGAAACAUUUAAUAGAGAGACUUGUAAAAAUGUCUAAAGAUGAAUUUUUAUACUAUUAGAGAUAUUAACCAACUGUUUUUUCUUUUUACACAAUGAAAAUCUUCUACAUUUUACUAAAUUAUUUCAAUUUUAGAUGCUUUUUCAUUGGAAAAGUGUGUUUGCAAUUUUAUAUCAUUUUGUUUAUAGUAAGUAUAUUGUGUGUGUCAUUAUUCCAGUAAUUUAUAAGUUACCAAAAGGAACCCAUUGAAAAUAAGCCAUAUUGGCUUUCAUGGGCUAUCCUUGGGUUUAGGCAUAUACAAUUUAUAUAUAUAUUUAUAUUUAUUUAUUUGAUUUAUAAUUACAACAUAUUUCUUAUGAAAUUAAUGUUUUAAAAUUCAUUUCAUAAAUUAUGUCCACCUUUUUUCUAAAUAUGUAUAUUAAUCAUAUACCACAAUGCUCAUGUACAUUGCCUACAUCUGAAUAAAGAUUAUUAUUAUUA